AUGAUUGAUCAUAAUUCCAAUGUUAGAAACGUCCCUCAUGUAGAUGGAAACUACCACACCCUGUGCUACAUAAAAGUUGAAAUCAGUAAAGAAAUCUCAUCCAUCGCAAAAAAGGCAUAUAAUACCCUGUUUAAUCUGGAAAAAUUAAACAAUGUGUUGUUCUCAGAACAGCCUACACAAGCAGACUCAGAUUAUACCCAUUCUGACAUUGAUAUGGACCUAGACUCCCAAACAAACUCUACAAGAUUAAGUCCCAGCUAUGCCCAUUUAUCAUUAUGUAAACCGUUAUAUCUAAGAAGACAAUUUAUUGAUUCAUUUCUGGAAAAACUUAAAAACACACUUCAAAAUUUAAAGCCCUUUUAUUUAAUUCUUGAGAACCGAGUAUCAAUUUGUGCAAAUGAAAAUUUAAACCGCUAUUUCGCAGUAUCGUUCGUCGACAAAGCAUGCCGUGAUGACACAGUACUUCCAAUAAUUGACCGUGUUGACCAAGUUGUGGAGUCUUUCGGCUUCGAAAAGUAUUAUGAACAAAGGAAACCACAUGUUUCCUUCGCCUCAACGAGGGACCUUUCACUGGCUCUGAGCGAGUUAUACAAGAGCACUGACCCUUCUGAAGGCUCACAUUCAUCCAAUUACUGGACUAACAUUGACUAUUUUCUUGAAAAAUGUGAUAACCUUCCUCAGGAAGCUAUCAACUACUACGAUGCAACUUCCGUUAAUUAUACUUUUACAUUCCAGGGUUCUGACCUUGAGGACACAACUAUGAACAAUGAGGACAAAAUAUGUCUUUAUGUGGAUGAAAUUCACGUCUUAGUUGGUUCUCGUGACCAUGUAAUUAAGCUUGUUUAA